CUCACAUAACAUUCCCACCACACAUCCAAACAUACUCAUUUAUUCACACAUAUCUGAUCUACACUAUAAUAUCUGCCAUUUCUGACCAUUGCUAGCCACAUUAAAAAAAAAUGGAUAAAAGAUGGAGUCUUGAAGGUACGACUGCUCUUGUAACUGGUGGAGGCAGCGGAAUCGGGUAUGCCAUAGUAGAGGAGUUAGCUGGUUUUGGAGCUAAAAUCCAUGUUUGCGACAUAUCUGAAACACUGCUUAAUAAAAGUUUAAGCGAAUGGGAAAAGAAAGGGUUUAAAGUGAGUGGUUCAGUCUGUGAUGUAACUUCUCGACCCGAGAGAGAAACUUUGAUGCAAACUGUCUCCUCCCUGUUCAAUGGCAAGCUCGAUAUUUUCGUGAACAAUGUGGGUGGAGGUCGUCUAAAGCCAACGACAGAAUAUGAUGCAGACGAUUUUGAUUUCCAUAUUGCAACAAACUUGGAACCUGCUUUCCAUUUUUGCCAGCUUUCACAUCCUCUCCUAAAGGCUUCAGGCUAUGGAAGCAUCAUCUUCAUUUCAUCUGUUGCUGGGGUUGUAUCUUUUGAAUGUGGAUCCAUUUAUAGUCUAGCAAAAGGAGCUCUGAAUCAGCUAGCAAGAAAUUUGGCAUGUGAAUGGGCAAAAGAUGGCAUAAGGGCCAACGCUGUUGCUCCUAAUGCUAUCAAGACUCCUCUGUCUCAACCAUAUCUUGAUGACGUCAGUUUCAAGGAGGAAUUGUUUGGUAGAACUCCACUUGGUCGUGCUGGAGAGCCAAAUGAAGUUGCAUCACUGGUGGUCUUCUUGUGUCUACCUGCGGCGUCUUAUAUAACUGGUCAAACAAUUUGCGUUGAUGGAGGCCUCACCGUUAACGGUUUCUCCUAUCAACCACAUGCUUGAGAAUGCCCUUCUCGUGUUUAUUUCAUGCAACUGUCCUUGAACUCUUAAAGUCUGCUCUCUAAUAAAAAUUGUCACACUGUGAGUUUAUAUCCAAAAAUAUAAGCGUGUCUACAUUGUCAUUGUUGUAAUAAGAUUCAGUUACACACGAGAA